AUGUUAAACCCCGUGUUUCUUGAGGCUCCCCAUGGAAAAGCUUGGGAGGUUGAAGUGGAAAUGUCUCAAGGCCAAAUUUGGCUAGCCAAAGGAUGGAAUGAUUUCUGUGCCUAUUACUCAAUAAGCGUUAGGAGCAUAUUAAUGUUCACAUACAUUCCGUGUUCUCACUUUCAUGUCGCUAUAUACGAUCAAAGUAGAUCAGAAAUUGAAUAUCCAAUACAUCAAGAUAUUGAAGCUGAUGAAGAAGAGGAAGUUAUUCCAGUCCUCCAAGAUAAUGCUAGUGUAAUCGAGGAAGAUAUUCCAGUUUACAUUCAAGCUAAUGCUAAUGUAAUUGAGCAAGAUAAGGAAGUUGGAGAAGCUAAUAGAAGAAGUGAACAAGUUAAUCCAAAGAUUUAUAGAAAUCGACACAACUUGGUGAACUUAAAUGGUGACAAUCCGUAUUUUGAAAUGGUUAUAAAAAAGGCACAUGCUACUUAUAUGACUAUCCCGUUGAGAUUCGCCCAAAGUACAGAUAUAAUCAACAUGGAGAAUAUGAGGCUGGUUAUGAAGAAGGAGCAGAAUGGAGAGUCGAUAUAG